AUGUCUGCCUUGCCUUUGUCUUUACAAUUCGAGUCCAUUCAUGCUCAUAUGUCAAAAAGCUGGUGUCCAUGGCUAUGGCUCUCCACGAGUUUUUGGUAUCCACAGCAAAUAUCUCUACUCAUAUCUCUGAGGUUCGUGAAAGGUUUCGAGACGUAUCUCGCGAAGCCGAGAAAGCUGCUGCGAUUGGCAGAGAGAUAG